GUAUCCCCUCACUGGUCAUCAACUUCCCCCCACCGUAGUCCUCUCUCUUCCAUUCCAUUUGGAGAAGCACAUAUCCCUCCAUUUCUCCUCUUCUUAAUCAAGAGAAUCACAUAGAUUAUGGAAUCAAUCAAUGGCACCUUCGAUUUCCCCUCCUUUACCACUCCUCUAAACCGCAUCGGCGGCGGGGCGGUGGACAACAACUGAGGUUUCUGGAAGCCUUCGAUUUUCCCUUCUAUUCGCCUCCUUCGAGUUGGAAGGAAGAGUCUGCGUGUGAGGAAAGAUGAAACGCCGGGAAGGAAGGGUCUGCCUUUGAGGGAAGAUAAAAGAGUCCCGAAAUAAGAGAGUCGUCUCUUGGCUGUCAAUACCCGUCUCGAGCUAGGUGAUUAUACACUGAGAAAAGGUUGAGAAUCUGUGUGUGAAAUCAGUUCCUUGGUUCUUCAGCCGCGGUAAUAAAAACGCCCUAUACAGUUUAUUUUCUUAAAAUUUCAAUUGCAUUUUCUAUUUUUCUGAAUCUGGGUAGCCUGAUAAUGGGGACAUAGCAUCGUUGUGAAUUGGUGGCUUAGUGUAGUGAAAACAAGGAUUUGAACCAUUGCCCAACAUACUGUUUAUAUGCAUGGAUAGUGAUCAAUUUUAGAUAUAUUAAGCCCAGGGCCAAUUUUUUCUUCUAUUCAUAUUCAUGAGCUUUAUAAUGUGGCGAAGCAUACUUCUGAAUUGAUGGUGUAGUCCUGGAUGUAGAAGAAUUUCAGAUAUGCCAUGGGUGGUUUUCUUGGUUUAUUAGUACAUCUCACUACUUUAACUUAGGUAGCAGGUAGAAGAAUGGCGCGAUUGAGCAAGAAGAAAGAAGAAUGUAAACAAAACUACAAAAGGUCCAAUUUCAACAACAACGGCGGAACGCGCAACCUCCGGUGUUAUGGUAUUGGGAUCGGUUCUUCUUUCCCCAAGGCUAGGCGGGCGGAGGUGGUUGCCAAGAUCAAGCCGGGAGAGGGAACAGAGUCGCGGGGGCCUUCUUCUUCUUCUUCUUCUUCCGCAGUUGUGCAUGCAGGCACAACAAUAUAGCUCUUGAGCCAUGACUCAUGACAAUAUAAUUGAUAGAAAUCGCCAGGUUCUUAUCAAUUCUACACUUCGGCCUUCAUUGAUGCGUGCAGGCUUCUCUUACUACAAAGGUAUUGAAUUUUAUUUUACCGUCAAUAAGCAUUACGAUAAUUUCCUCUCCUUUCUCUAUUUAUUCCUCAUCAAUAAUCUCCUCGGCUGCAUCUUAUUUGUUCCUUUGUUCUUGCUAUAAAUUUACUAUGUUUUUCUUCAUAAUUAAUCGUGUGAUUCAUAUUUAGCUAUAUUUAGUUGGCUUGGCCAAUUGGGUGGGUUUGAGUUUUUGUCAUGUUUCAAGUGUAGUGGUUGAAUCAAGGGAAAGAGUUGAGUAGUGAUCAUCUUCCUCCUUGGUGACUUGGUGCGAAAGAUUGGACGGGAACACCACAAAAGGUAUACCAUUAGGAUGGCAAUUUCGACCUGACCCGAUUUACCCGACCUGUUUGACCUGUUUUGGGGCGGGUUCAGGGCGGGGCGGGCAUGGGUUCCUCUCAUUGACCCGACCUGCCCUGACCCGCCCCAUUCUCGACCCGUUCUUGCCUAAAUUACAUAUAAUAUUAGUUAAAUUACUUAAGAUUUUCUUCUUAUUACAUUAUAUUUUAGCUAUAAUAAAGUUAUAAAUAAGUGAAAACCUCAAUUUCUUCAAUAAUUUAACUACAUUUUAUCAUAUUAUGGUUUCUUUCUUGCUCUUUCAAUGAAAAGAACGAAUAUUUCUAAUGUUUUUCACAUAAAUUACAUACCCAAUGGGUCAACCUGCUCCGACCCGCGCCCCGUGAUAAAUUACCCGACCUGGACCCGACCUGCCAUGGGGUGGGUAUGAGUAUCGAGAUACCCGCCCCGGACCUGCCCCAUUGCCAUUCCUAUAUACCAUUCAGCGUGUUCGGCCGUCUGUCAACUUAGGUUCGACCUUGGUUUUGGUUAACCUUCUACUUGCUUUCUGUUUUUUUAGAAGGGCACAGGCUACUCAAUUUUCAACCUCCAUUCCGUUGUGUUUGUGUUUAUAUAAGAUAAUUUCACGUAAGGAUCAAUUUGAUUGAUAGAUGUAUCAAUUUUUAAGUCAAUAUAUCACCUCUGGUUCGAUUUCAUCACACUCAACUUUGCGCACAACAAGGUUAUCAACCCGCGGGUUGAUCCGGACCUGGUCGAGCUAGUGGGUCAAGGGUUAAUGGGUCAACCGUUUUAGCCCGGUUUGGCCCGAAAAUAUGGAAAGAGUCAUUAUAUUGUACUUUUCUUUAUAAAUUAUAUCAAAUCUUAUCGAACAUAUAAGUUAUAACAUAUAAUAUUACACCAAAAUAACAUAUCGUACUUAGAUCUAGCAUGAAGUGAAAAUUCACACACACUUAUAUACAUCAAUAUUCAAAUAUUCAACUUAGGAUUCCAAAGUUUGAGUUAGGCGAAAAGAAAAAUCGGAAAAUAUGCGCAUUUCGCAAACCAAAGAAAAAAAUAACACAAUUUGACCUUCAACCCGGUACCGUAUAGCGGUCGACCCGACGGGUGUGUGCGGCCCGUUUUUCUCACCGGGUCAGGAUCAAAGUGGGUCGACCCGCGGGUCAACCCACGGGUUGACAACCUUGGCGCAUAACCAAACUUGCACCAUUGUACGUCGGUGUCUUUUGCCGAACGUUAAUUAAGAGACUCUGAAUGCUUUCAGUUCUCUUUUGUCUUUCUAAAUAUGUUUGUUACUGACUCUUAUGGUGUGGGUUGUGUUUAUAGGUGUUGGAGUUAGCAUUCAGCUUUUCCUUACUUGGUGUGGCAAUCAUCCAGGUUGUGGGUUCAAGUGUAAAGCAAAGUACUCAAGCAUCAAGGCCUUCCGUAUUAGAUCCGAAAAAAGUCGUCUCACUCAACCAACCAUUGCUACUGAAAAUUCUGCAUCCCUGCAAACACUAAGUGGAGGUACGCUUCCCUCUGAUUCUCCGAUUUUUUUUUUCCUGUUAGGUUCUGGGAAUCCUGAUAAACAUUUAGCUCCCUGAUGAUUUGCUGCUGGUGCUUUGUUGAUUCAUAGAUAAAGGGAGAGGCAAUCUAUACAAAUUUAGAUUGUGCUCUUUGUAUGAGAAUGGUGGCAAACAAAUAAUGAAUAUGCACCACAACUCCUGUUUUGUAUCUCUAUAGUUAAAUCUUCUUGAUGGGUGCUGAAACUAAUACUUGCUGGUGUGUGCAUGAUGAAUAUGGCAUAAGUUACUAUGGUUAUCAGAAUUCUGCAUUCUAAUCAAAAUAGCAUAUGCUA